GGGUUAUUCCAGUUUUUCUUUUUCACAGAGAGAGGAAAAAUAUAGCGCAGCAGUGGGAAAGUGUAAACAAAACACAAUUUCCAAGGAAACUUUUAAGCUCUCGCGAGAGAAGAAAAUCCCCAUUUAGUGUGUGCUAAAGAGUUUGCGAAGGAAGUGGAGGAAAGACCAAAGAUGACGACUUUGUUGAAUUUCGGGACAACCGACCAGAAGAAGCAGCUGAAUAAGCUGAAGCACGAUCUGGAGGAUUGGCGAGAGAUUAUUCUGCACGCCAGUAGGAUUCUCACGUGGGAGAAGCCCUUCUAUCCAGCCGUAAUCUUUGCCGCAGUUACUCUGCAGUUCCUUCUGCUGUGGUACCUCGACUUCUCGGAGCUCACCCUCUUCGCGCUGACCCUGCUGUGGUUCAAUCUCCUCGACUACGUGUACCCCAUUGUGGGGAAGUUGCUGUUCAAGCCUGAUAAAUGGACGGGGGUGCAGGAGAAGGAAUUCGAGGGGAUCUGUGUGGCCAUCUUCAAUGCCAAGCAGUGCAUCUGCGGCAUCUUCCACACCAUCAUUGCGGCCAAGGAGAAGAAAUCCACCCUCUUCGUGGUGGUUGUGAGCGGAAUUCUUCUCUUCUUAGCCUGGAUUGGCUCCACAAUUGACAAUCUCCUCUUGAGCUACUUGGCCACCCUUCUCACCGUCUACUAUCCCGGAUUGUGCAAGAUUGGCGUGAUUGCCAAGAUUAAGGACAUCCUUGGGGGGCUUUUGGGCGGCGGGGGCGCUGCAGCAGCACCCACCAAAACCGAAUAAAUUCGUGCAUUUAAGACACCAAUUUAAGCAUUAAAUAUUCCAUAGUCCAAAUGUCACAAUUUUUGUCGUAAAAAAAAAAACAACCAAAAUGUUUCAUUGUAGGAAAAAAAGAAAAAAAAAUUAGUGUACGAAGACUUUUCACAAGAAAAAGGCAUACAGAAGCUAUCCUUGAAAAUUAAUUAUUAUUAUUAUACUCUUUAGAGACUAAAAGAAAAAAAAAGAAAAAUUUGUAAAAUUUAAAUUCUAUUUUUAAGAUGUAUUUUUCCUUUAGAAAUUUAGAUUUAGGUGUUAAAGCUUUCUGUAAAUAUUAUUUUUUCUUUCUUCCAUCAUUGUGUGCGCGUGUGUGAGGUCAAUUUUCUCUUUGAGAAGCAAUUCUUUGACAUCAGUUCAGUAUAAAAAAAAAGUAUCGCUAAUUGAUAUUAUUAGUUUUGUAUAAUUUAUUAUUUAAUUAAAGAGAAAUCAUUGCCAUUAUUGUAUACCAAAAUCAACGUUCUCUAAUUAUUAUUAAGGUCCAUCCAUCAUAAAUAAAAGAAGAAAAAAAAAUCAAACUAUCACAAUUUCAUCGUAA